AUGGGCCCACAACCUGGGAUGUCCAAACCUGCCACCACUAAGGCCCCAAAGAAUCCAGUGAAGAGACGAAAGAAAGAUGAAUUUGCCGAGAUUGCACAAGCAGAGGAAGUGACUAGACAGAAAGAGCUUGAAGUGGCCAAGGUGAGAAUAAAGAAGGACACUGUACAGGCAAAAGCAAAGUUGGCAAAGCUUGAGUUGGAGAAGGAAAAGUUGGCCUAUGCAAGGGAGUGGCGACAAGAGAAGAUGAGAAUGUGCCUUACUACUAUGGAAGGAACGAGCCAACAUCAUGGAUUCCCCGAAUUCAACAUGCACAAUACCUUUCCCAGUCCUUCGAGCAGUUCUCACCCACACUUGCCAUAUCCACCAACUUCUGCAUAUUAUCAGACACCCUCAUCACCUGCCGCUGAGUCUUAUGCAAGUGAAAACACAGCUAACACAGCUUCCAGGUCAUUUGAUGCAUCAUCCAUCAUUUUCCCAUCAGAUUAA